GGGAGAAAGUAGGGUGAUGUGUAUCCUGUGGAUCCGCCGCUGUUGUGUUUCGGAUUGCAAACAAUUCUCGUGCGUCAAACUGCAUACAGUGAGCCAUCAUGUUGAUCCUGGCCGGGAUAGUCCUCCUGCACAUCACCACCAUCAUCCUGCUCCUGGUGGCCACCGUGGAUAAUGCUUGGUGGAUGACCGAUAAGCUGUCCACAGAUGUGUGGGGACGCUGGGUGCUCCAAGGGAACGACUGGCACUACAAGGAGCUGAACCUCGCCGACUACCCUAAAGAGUAUCUGCAGGUAGUGCAGGCCACCUCUGUCCUGGCCUGUAUCUUUGCCAUCUUGGCCCUGUUUGUGUUUGUGGCUCAGCUGUUCACCCUGGGGAAAGGACAACGUUUCACAUUCUCUGGAAUCCUGCAGAUGCUCUCUUGCCUGUGCAUCAUGAUCGCCGCCUCGGUCUACACCUCAGAGUUCAAGUUCCAACAGGAGGGCGGGUUUGGACACAGCUAUGUGCUGGCCUGGAUCUCCUUCGUCCUCACCUUCAUCCUGGCCGUCACCUACAUCGUCCUGAGGAAGAAGAGCGACUAGGGGGGGGGGGAUUGGGGGAUUGGUCUUGGCUGAAAUUAAUUUGGGAAAGAUUUAUUUUUUAUUUUUUAAAAGGGGUUGAAUUGUAUUUGUCUUUCGAUGUGUUGAAUCUGCCACAGAUGUGAAGAUGAAAGCCUAGAUGAAGUGAGGGGGUUGAGAUGCUAUUUAGGCUGUAUGGGGAGU